AUGGGCGGGGCUGACUUUCAGAGCCCUACCCUUGGAUCUCCCGGGAGAGGGAGCUGGAGGCCCCACCUUUGCUCUGAGAGAGAAGGAGCCUGGGGUAGUGGAGUACCUAGUGGAUGGAGCAAAGCACUGGGGGCCUGGAACUCUGGCUCUGACCAAGAGGGUGCAGGUGGCCUCUAUUCCUGGGCCCUGGCUAGGAAGGGCUGGAGGUCUGGACUUCCUGGUCUGGUGGGAGGAAAGGUCUGUGGGAAGCAGGUGGCUGCCGGCAGCAGGGUGACAUCCGCUGUUGCUGUCUCUCUACACCCCCACUGCUCCUCAGGACUUCUCUGGACCAAAGCCCUUUACCAGGCCCCUUCCAGCCCCCAGCCUGCCAUGGUCCCUCCAGGCGACAUCCUGCUUCUGCUCUUGCUCCCAGUGGCUGCAGCUCAGAUAACCCCAGGUUCCUGUUCCGGAUGUGGGCCCCUGUCCCUGCCACUCCUGGCUGGCCUCCUGGCUGCUGAUGCGGUGCUGUCACUGCUCAUUGUGGCCGUGGUGUGUGUGUGCACACGCCCCCGUGGCAGGCCCACCCAAGAUGGCAAAGUCUACAUCAACAUGCCUGGCAGGGGCUGACCCCCUGUAACUGACCUUUGACGUCUAACCCUCUCAUCCUGGAUUAUGUGUGGUGGCACAAGAAACCCCCUCCCACCUUAGGGUUGGAAUAAAGCAAUUAAAAUCUU